GCUUGCCGGCCCUCUUUAUUGCGAAAAGGUUGGAAUUUUCUGGUUCAGGCCUCAGGGUGAACUUUAAAUGAUUACCGAUAGGAUUUUCUGAGAGUAAUCAGAAAAGUUCGAUUCUUAAUGGUAUUCGGAAGAGUCGGAGGGGAGGCGAUAUGCCGGUGUAUGUAUAUGCUGCAUGAAUAUUCAUAUUUUGCUCUGUCGAUUAGUAGCUCUUACCCUCUUGCCUUGCCCAACCUUUUUUUUUUUUUGGGAGAAACAGUUCCGAACUGCCGAUACGUACUAGCCGCUGUGCCUGUGAUGCCUGGGAAAGGGGAGCCGCUUUGGAUCUGAGCAUGAUUCUUUUCCAAUUCCUGUUACGGUGAAGGCCCCCACCCCAGAAUUUAUUUGUGUCUCUAGUCGAGGAACUAAUCCCAUCGCCAGAGUUGUCGGAAAUGAACCUCCUUGAUUUGGGGAUUCAGGGUUGUCUAUCUAUCUCUCUUCUUGCAGUGUGUUGCAGUUUUAUUUCUCUGCCAGCAAGGUGUGCAAGAGAGUAGUCUAGGAGCUGGGAUAUUACCCCUUUUUUCCCCUCCUGUGUAGGUCAAAGCAAACUACCCAUGUUUUUGUCUGGGGCUUAUUGUAGGCCUACAUGUUUCCUCCAUUUUCAGAUGUACUAGAAAGAAUAAAUGCUUCAAGCGUCUGUACCUGUGUACCUCUCUUGCCAUUUUAGUUGCAUCGUUGCUUUGAAUUGGGAAGCAAUCUUUGUACUUAAGUCAUUUCUUUGCGUGCAAUUCCCUGAGGGCUGAGCAAUCCACUAAAUGUGUGUGACUGUGGCGGUCCGUGACAAUGUGCUUCGCCAGAAGGGACUAGUUGCCUCCUCUUCAUGAUUGUGUUGGCUCUUCCAGAAAUGCAGAAACAGUUCACAAAUUUCACGCUUAAGACCUUCCUCUUCAGCAAAAGCAGGUGUUAAGGUUCUGACGUUCAAGUUCCGAUGACAAUCUGCAGUAGUGAAGAAAUCAUUGAUGAGUUUGAGUUGCUAACGCGUGAUGCUAAACGCGUGCAGCAGGAUACAUUGAGAAAGAUUCUUGAACUGAAUGGUGAUGCUGAGUAUCUGAAUCGCUUCAAUCUUGGAAGGAGAACAGAUUCAAAGAGCUUUAAAUCCUGCAUUCCUCUAUGUGUGCAUAGUGACAUAGAGUCCUACAUCCAGAGGAUAGCCGAUGGAGAUGACUCACUGGUGCUAACUGGGAAGCCCAUCACUUCCCUCUCCGUAAGUUCUGGUACGACGCAGGGAAAACCCAAGUUUUUGCCAUUCAAUGAUGAAUUGCUUGAGAGUACAGUUCAAAUAUUCCGAACCUCAUAUGCUUUUAGAAAUCGUGAAUAUCCUAUUGGCAAUGGAAAAGCCUUGCAGUUUGUUUAUGGGAGCAAGCAAGUCUUCACCCAAGGGGGCAUUCUUGCUACAACUGCGACAACAAAUUUGUACAGGAGUCGGCGUUUCAAGGAAGCAAUGAAGGAUAUCAUGUCUCAGUGCUGCAGUCCUGAUGAAGUCAUCUUUGGUCCUGACUUCCAUCAGUCUUUGUACUGCCAUCUAUUAUGCGGGUUAAUCUACUCAGAUGAAGUUCAGUUUGUUUUCUCGCCAUUUGCACACAGCCUCGUCCAUGCAUUUCACACCCUCGAGGAGGUAUGGGAAGAUCUAUGUGCUGAUAUAAGAGAUGGUGUUCUCUCAAAGAGAGUCACCACACCUUCUAUCCGCCAAGCUGUUUCAAAAAUCUUGAGGCCGAAUCCUGAGCUUGCUAGCUCGAUUUACAUUAAGUGCCAGAAUCUGAGUAAUUGGUAUGGGGUAAUUCCAACACUAUGGCCAAAUGCCAAGUACAUCUAUGGCAUUAUGACAGGGUCCAUGGAGCCAUACCUAAAGAAACUGAGACAUUAUGCUGGUCACUUACCACUGAUGAGUGCUGACUAUGGUGCAUCUGAAGGAUGGGUUGGUUCUAAUGUAAACCCAACCCUGCCGCCUGAGGAGGUGACAUAUGCUGUUCUUCCGAAUAUUGCUUAUUUUGAGUUCAUUCCUCUGGAAAAAACGAAAGGCGACGAAAUGGAGAACAGUUCCUCUAUUCACUACAUAGAGUCAGAGCCUGUUGGCCUAACUGAAGUUGAGGUUGGCAAAAUCUACGAAGUUGUAAUAACAAAUUUUGCAGGUCUAUACCGAUACAGACUGGGAGAUAUUGUGGAGAUAGCGGGCUUCCAUAACUCGACACCAGAGCUCCAGUUCAUCUGCCGCAGAAGUCUAGUCCUCAGCAUCAACAUCGACAAGAACACAGAGAAAGACCUGCAGCUAGCCGUCGAAGAGGCGGAGAAGCUCUUGGCCGCGGAGAAGGUGGAGGUGGUGGACUUCACGAGCCUCGUGGACAGAUCGAGCGACCCAGGGCACUACGUCAUCUUCUGGGAGCUGAGCUCCGACAGCGCCAGCGAAGAUGUCCUGAUCGGCUGCGCCAACAGCAUGGACCUGGCCUUUGUGGACGCCGGGUACGUCGGGUCGAGGAAGAUCAAGACCAUCGGCGCCCUCGAGCUCCGGGUGCUCCGGAAGGGAACCUUCGGGCAGGUCAUGGACCACUACCUGAGCCUCGGCGGCGCCGUCAGCCAGUUCAAGACGCCGCGGUUCGUGAGCCAGUCCAACAGCAAGGUGCUGCAGAUACUGAGCAGGAACGUCACCCAGUGCUACUUCAGCACUGCAUAUGGGCUCUGAUCGAUGCUACAAACGUAAGUACUGGUAGCUGAAAGUGUUAUGUUACCCUUUUGCUUUGAUCACUAAAUCUAGUAUAUGUAGUGAAAGUGCAUGGCGUACGAUCCAGCAUGUUGGGAGUAGCCCAACUGACAGUAGCCGUGAUGCAAGGUUGCUGCACUGCAUUUAGCAGCCGUGUCAUCGCUGAAGAAAAAUCAGAAAGAUCACAUGUGUUCUGAUUUCUGAAUCAAAAAGUUGUGUACAAGAAGCAAAACUUUUUGAGGAAACAGGAGAGACCCAAGGGACCUCUACUGGAAAAUACAAGAAGCAAAACUCAGUCGAUCGUAUUCCCUCCA